AUGUAUUUAUCCUACUCUACCUACCUUCGACUGCUAUACAGCACCCUUUCGGAGUCUAUUGAAGGAUUCACUGGAACACUACACAACCUCUUGCUUAAGAACUACACCCACCGUUACGAGAUGUCUUCUGCACCAACUCCGACUGUUCCGUCAGUACCUUUGCCGCUUACAUUCCUCGGCGAGCUGUCCAAAGUGCCGCGCGAAUACGUUGGGUGCGCCGUAGGCCUCUGCCUCGCAAUCCUCGUCUUGUGUCCGCUCUGGUCCGACCGCAUCACCAAGCAGACCCAACUCGGCGUUGAAAAGAUAAAGGCCAGCGUCGAAGAACAAAAGAUCAAGCAGCUUGAACUGCAGCUCCAAAACGAAGCCGCAAAGCUCCAGAACGAAGCCGCAAAGCUCAAGGUCGAGGAGCAAAAGCUUGCGCAGCUUCACACCCAACUUCAAAUUCAGCGCGAGCUGACCGACCGUGCGGCUACUACAUCGACCGUCUCCACACAGCCUACUCAACCAAGCACACCAGAUCAACGUGCAACCAGCAAUCAGACUCAUCACAGCCGGUCGCCCUCACUGCUUGCUUCACCAACAGUCAACUGA